AUGGUCUACGGCAUACAAGUGCAGAGCGGAUCUGCCUUGCUGCGUCUGGCUGAUAAGACUUGUCCUAAGUACAACCCUUCAUCUUACCGCUCGCUCGAUGCUAUCCCGCAGGUAGAUCAUCCGCCCGAAGUGAAGAGAAAGCUUAUCGCUGCGAUGCUGGAUAAGCAAAGAGAAAGGCGUUCGUCGAAGAAGAACGAUCACCCAGUUUCCACCGCUGCAUGCGCGGAUUUGCAGCUUGCCGCUGUUCCUUUCGGAGGGUUUAAAGGAGUCAUGGGAGCAAUCGUCGGCCUAGGACUAGAUCCUGCUGGGGAACACCUUAUUGCUGUGGGUUUGGGCCGCUACGCCUACGUAUUCAAUGCUAAGUCGCGCAAGCUGUGCGAAAAGGUAUUUCUCAAGCAGAAGCUCACAUGUCUUCUAGCUGGAGCGGGGGAAGCGGCUGGCGGAGUAAGGCGACGCGCAUUAAAAAGGAAGAAAGCAGCAAGCGAGAGUAGCGGCAGCGAAUCGGACGCAAGCAGUUCAGAGCUGGAAAGAGGGAACGACGGAGACAGCGACAGCGACAGUUCAACUGCUUCUUCGUCAAGCACAGGGGCACACAGUAGCCGAAAAGCUGGGCGCCUCGACAGGGAGCAGCAGGCUGACACCUCUGUUCUUCCCCCUAAGCGGAAGGCUGCACCGGAUUGUAAAUUCAAGAAGAAGAAAAAGCGCUCUAUCCAGCCGUAG